AUCACAUGGAAAUUUUUUUCGAAAACACUCAAAUUUCUAUUCGAGUAAAGAUUAUUUUCAAAAUAGAGCGGUGAGAGAACUUCACCGUAAUUCCCGUAAGAUAUUCGACUCAAGGAAAUCUUCAAUUUGUUAAAAUAAAUAUUUCAAGGGAGCAUACUGAGCAUAGCUAUUGAGUGAACUUUAAACUAUCACUUUAGUAAAUACAAAUUAGAAAAAGCGGCAGACAAAUCGAACAUCUUUCACAUUAACUAAACAUAAGAAUAAUGUUUUCUUUGUUUAAUCAAUUAUCAUCAAUUGAACGCAAAUUACAUAGCUCUGCAAAUUUGUAGACAACAUCCCAUAGUUCUUUGAAUUAAAAAAGCCAUCUUUUUUCGUAUAUCAAUCCUUUCCUUUAUAACGUAUUUCACCCCGUCUCCUCUAUUUGUUGCCUCUAUAGGCAGCAGGCGUCAUCAAUUUGUAAUCCAUGGUUGCUUUAUUACACAAUUGAUCGAAAACUAUGGGCGAUAAAAUGUGUAGCAAAAUAUACAGUAAAAAAGCGGUUGUUCAAAAUGAUACGUGAUAAAUAAUUAGCCUGAAAACUCAUAUUUUACGUAUUUCACAGAAGAAGUGACGUCGUAUUAAUUAAUUGAAUGGUACGGAAGUGAAAUUUAGUAAGGUCAAUCUUAAUGAUUUAGCCCACUUUAAUUAAACAAUAACGACAUGUAAUUAAAAGAUAACUUAUGGAUUAUUUAAUUUGUAAAUAUAAUGAAAAGGUUGUUUGAUAUAACUAAUAGUUUUGCUACAACUUUUGAUAUUUAAUUCUGAUCAUGACGAAAUUUUGGCAGAAAUGUAGGAGAUACAUUGAUAUUUUAAUAUUACUUUAUAUUGUAAUGUUCAGCAACCAAGCAGCUAAUGGAGUCACAAUAACUACAGAAUCAAAUAAUAAAACUGUACUGAAUGGCACUAAGUUGGAAUUGGAAUGGACUAUAAAUGUAUCUCCUGGUGACACCUUCGUUUCGACAAUUGUCUACUUGUUACCUGACUUCUCUAAACCAUUAACACUGGGCCAAAAUGUUGAAAAUAAAGGUAAAGAAUUAUAUGGUGAAAACAGAUUAUUUGUUGCGUAUGAGAACUCGAAAUACACAAUGACUUUAAAGGAUGUGAAAUAUAAUGAAAGUGGGACAUUUCGACUUUAUAUACCUUCUCAAAAUAAUGGUGCUAACGAUACUCAAUCCGACAUUCAUGUCAUUGUUACAGGUAGGGCAAACUUGUGUAACCACAAAUUUGGAUUUCAUUAUACUGCAUCCGAAAGUGAGAUUUUUUCUUUGUUUCCGAAUGUAUGUGGAUAUCCGAUACCUGAUGGUAAAUGGAAAGUGGGGGAAGACACCUUUAGUACUUUAUCUGCUCCUUCCGUAAUUAAUAAAGCAACCAGACGAUACAAAUACAGUUUUAACACUCGACCUAUCAGUCGAAAAGAUUGUGGUAAAAACUUCACAUUUAUUACUUCCAAUACAAUAGGAAGUAUGGAUUGGAAUGUCAUACUUGAUGUUAAAUUUUUACCUUCACUGGUUUCGAAUGUAUUAUUUUACAGACACAAUGCAAGUUGUGUUCGUGUCACUUGGAAUGCGGAAGAUACUGGGAAAUGUAACAUCAGCUAUCAUUUGCAGUUUGCCGGUACACAAGCUGUGUAUAACAUUUCCAGCACAGAUUUUACACUCUGCAAUUCUUCAGAUGUUGAUGUCGUUUUUCUUUGGGCAUCAUACAAGGAAAACAUUGGUGGAAAACUUGCCAGUAGAAUUAGUGCUACAACCUCGUCACCAGAUACUAACCUAACGAACAAUGCCGGAGAAAAUAUACAGGCAACAUGUAACCAUCAAUAUACAAGUAACAUUGUUACUGGGAUCGUCACAUUAGCUGUCACACUUAUUAUAAAUACAAUUAUCUUUGUCAUUUUCAAGCACAAAGGUUUUAUAAUACUCAGCAUGAGCCAGACGAGACCACCACAAAGCAAUAAAAAUCAACGUACUAACGAUUACGAGGCAACAGGGGCAACGAUAUGUCAUUAUGCAGAUAUUAACAGCAAAGCUGUGAAAGAAGGUAUAUAUGAAGAUUUGACAACGACCGCUGAUCAUUCCAAGCAGUAUUAUGAAAUUGAGUUGAAUACAAUGCAAGGAAACAUAUACGCCAAUACUACGACUUAAAAGUAGCGGAAUUUUACACACAUAUAUAUAGACAUAUAUAUGUGUAAAAAAGUACUUUUGUUACCAUUUAAGCGUAUUAAACUAGAUAAUACAUUUAAUUCUACGCCUAUUAGAUGACAAUGCAAAAUAAGACUGCGCAAAUUUCUCCCGUCUGUCAUAUUUUCUUAACUUGGUUUACCAUGACAGAAUUCCCAACCAUUUGGUAGUCAUUAUUGCGUUAAAAGGACAUUUGUAAUUAAUGAAACAGAUAUUUUUUGAACCACAAUCUCCGAUGUGUGCGUGAAGUGAAUAACAACUUAGAUAAAAUCCUCCAGUCAAAGUUGAUAAAUAUGUAAAUAUACAAUUUGCUAGAACUAUUUACCUUUUUUCAGGUUGAAAAAGAGGUAUCAAAUUUUAACGAGAAAAGUGAAUGGUUUUGAAUACGAUGGAUUUGUAAUUUGAA